UUUCUAGCUGAGUAGAAGUGCCCACAUUAUUCUCCCUGAAUGUUUAUAAUAAUUUAUGCGAAAUAAAUUUAGUGUAAUACUGUAAUCAACAUUGCGAUUAUUAAUUUAGUGUAAUAAUUUCUGCGAAAAUCAGCCAAAAAAAAUUUAUUUCUGCGAAAAUAGUUGAAAAGGGAGCAUUGCUCUUAGGAGCCAGGGCGGUGAAUCUGCAUUAUCUUCGUCCGAUCCCAGAUAUUUUGAUUCUUUCCAGAUCAGGGUUCGUUCUCCAUUGACAUGAAUUAUAUACUCGGAGCUUUCAAGCCAGCAUGCCACAUUUCAGUCACGUUUUCAGAUGGGAAGUCACGUAAACAGAUACCAUUGAAGAAGGAAAAUGGCCAAACAGUAAUGGCCCCACUUUUUCAUAGUCAAGAAAACAUAGUUGGGAAGAUAUCAAUUGAACCAAUAUCAGGAAAGAAGGUUGAACACAAUGGAAUUAAAGUUGAGUUGCUUGGUCAGAUAGAAAUGUAUUCUGAUAGGGGGAACUUCUACGAUUUCACCUCUCUUGUUCGUGAGCUGGAUGUGCCUGGUGAAUUAUAUGAGAGGAAAACAUACCCAUUUGAAUUUUCAACUGUUGAAAUGCCUUAUGAAACGUACAAUGGGGCAAAUGCUCGCCUUAGGUAUGUUCUGAAAGUGACUAUAAGCCGUGGCUAUGGUGGCAGCAUAGUGGAAUACCAAGAUUUUGUGGUGCGCAACUAUGCCCCGCCUCCUACUAUCAACAAUAGUAUCAAGAUGGAAGUUGGAAUCGAAGAUUGCCUUCAUAUCGAGUUUGAGUACAACAAAAGCAAGUAUCAUUUGAAAGAUGUGAUUAUAGGAAAGAUUUAUUUCCUUCUUGUACGAAUAAAGAUAAAGAACAUGGAUCUUGAGAUCAGACGCCGGGAAUCUACAGGUUCUGGAGCCAACACUCAUGUUGAGACAGAAACUCUUGCAAAGUUUGAGUUGAUGGAUGGUGCUCCUGUUAGAGGCGAGUCUAUUCCCAUCAGAUUGUUUUUGAGUCCAUACGAACUGACACCAACAUAUAUGAAUAUAAACAACAAAUUCAGCGUGAAAUACUAUUUGAACCUUGUCCUGGUUGACGAGGAGGAUAGACGCUACUUUAAACAACAGGAGAUCACUAUGUGCCGGGUUGCUGAGAUUCCCUGAUCUGUGUAUACAUUGGAAGUAGGCCUCCUCACACCAUCAUUUGAUAGAAUAUCACUUUUGCAACACAAGUGGUUUCAUGGUAUAUGAAGGAAUUUGAACACCUUUCAACUCCACUUUUGUGUGUGUGGCUAGAUUGACAUGGUUACUUUGUACAUACAUGCUCCUACAUUAUGACAAUACAUACUAGUGUGUGUUUUAAAUGUUUGAUGUGUUUAGUCCCAUUUGUGUUGUAUGAACGUAACAUUAUAUUUCUUUCAUUUGUUUUGUAAGUUUUGGGUCUAAUUAAAAUAUGCCAUAUUUUUCUUGCUAUAAUUUGAGCCGUGCCUUAGGACCAAAUGUUCAUGCUUGGCUUGAACCUGAAGUUCGAGCCGUAUUGUAGUAUACAUUGUCAAAGUUUUACUAGUACUCUUAAAUAAACG